AUGCUCGAGAGCCCUGUCCCAUACGGUAGACCCACGCUGAAUAACUCGCCUCUGGAUGGCACUGGCUCAGACUUCCCGUGCAAGCUCCGACCGGGCGUGUACGAUGUGACGCAGAUGAACUACUGGACGGCCGGCGAAGCGCAGACCAUCCGCUUCUUAGGCUCUGCGGUUCAUGGCGGCGGCUCCUGCCAAUUCUCAGUGUCGGAGGAUAUGCAACCCACCAAGUCCAGCCGGUGGAAGGUGGUGUACAGCGUGGUCGGGGGCUGCCCGGCCAGUGUAGAGGGGAAUCUGCAAGGAGGUCCUGCGAGCCGCGUCGCAGAUACGUUCGAGGUCGUGCUCCCCAAAGAGCUGCCGAGUGGCGAGUAUACCUUCGCCUGGACCUGGUUCAACAGGCAAGGCAACCGUGAGAUGUACAUGAACUGUGCUCCGAUCACGGUCCGCGAUGGGGGAAAUGACCCUAGAUUUCUUGCGUCCCUUCCCGACAUGUUCGUCGCGAACCUGCCAAGCUCAGCUUGUUCCACCGUUGAGAACUUUGACUACGCAUUUCCAGAUCCUGGAAGCGCUGUGCUGACCGGAAGCCAGGCAAGUCCUACUACGGGGCUCGUCGGCGCCGGAUGCGCUUCCAUGACUGCGCUCGGUAGCGGGUCGGGGACGGUUCGUCCUGCGAAUGCGUUGUCAAACAGCUCGCCCGGCCAGCAAAGCACGUACACGGUUUUGGGCGAACAGCCGGCGGCUGCAGCUUCCGAGGUUGCCUCUGCGAACUGGCUCGGCAGCGCAGCAGUGAAAGCUCUCGCUGUCGGAGAGAUGACAGCUUCCGAGGCUAAGGCUUCUGUUGCUCAAGUUACGCAGGCGCUGGCAUCCCAGGGGCCGGUACCACCGGCAGGCGUAGCAGCCAGUCUGCCAGCUGCAUCUGAGACCUGCGUGCCAUGUAGUUCGACGAACGAGGUUGUCUGCAUAGACAGCGACCAUUACGGCCUUUGCGAUCUUGGCUGUGCACGUUCGCAGUUAUUGGCCCCUGGAACGGUCUGCACAGAUGGCCAGAUCUUGAGACGUGAUGUUUGA